CUGAAAUCAAAAUUCUCGCUAAUCCUGGGUUAGCUUAAUCGGGCUUUGAACAACCCGGCCCAGGUGCUUUAUUGAACUAGCACUCGGACUGAGAUCUUAAAUUAACAAGGGUUACAUAAAAUGGAGGUGGAAGGUUAGAGCUCCUUUGUCACUACCUUUUUGUGUAUGAUUCAACAACAAACUCUCUCCAAACUUUCACUCCUUCAUGUUUCUUGAAAAAUUACUAUAAUUAUAUUUUUUAAUGAUACAUAAUUAUUCCUGUCAUUAAUGUGUCUUAUUAGUACUGUUACAGCUAUUUGAGUCAUUUUGAAUUGUUUGUUGGAUUAAAGUAUCCUGGCAGGUUUGCACACACUAAGCUGAGACUGUAAGCAGUACCUGUUCAUGUUUAGAUGAGACUAUUGGAAAAAUUUCUGACAUUUUGGAUUCCUCCAAUCCACAUCCUGAACUGAAUAUAAACAACCACAAAUCAAUGUUUAAAAUUAAACUUCUGGAAGGAUGGGGUUUAAACAAAAACCCUUCUGUGGAAGUUAUGGACAACAACCUUGUGUAACAAAUAGCAACUUUACUUAUAACUUUAUUUAUUUGUAAGUGACAGAAAACAUAAGUUUGGAAACAAAAAAUGAUAAAAUUCUUCCUGUUUGUCUGCAAUGUAAUAAUAUUAUUUUGAUGUGAUUAGGAUUUGUCCUGUCUUCAAAAAACUUUCAUUGCUCAGUCAUCUGCCUUCACCAUGAAUGGAAGUGAUUUUUAUGAAGAGAUGAUGUCCAGAUUUAGCAUACUGUCAACAGGAUGUGAUAAUUUAGAUGAACUACUUGAUGGAGGUUUGUACACUGGGGAGCUGACUGAAAUUGUUGGAUCUGCAGGUGUUGGCAAGUCUCAGAUCUGCAUGGGCAUUGCCAUGUUCACUGCUAUGGAAACAAAGAAGAAUGUUCUCUACAUUGACACUGGAGGCUCAUUAAGUGCAACAAGAAUUAAAGACAUGUUGCAAGAGUGGAAUGCUUCUCUAGAUGAUCAGGGUGAUGAUGACAACGAUGAUAGUGUGCGAGAUCUUAGAAUGAUCAUUGUAGAUUCUGUAGCAGGAGUGAUUUCCCCCAUUCUUGGUGGCCAACAAAUUCAUGGUCACUCCUUGAUGGUGAACCUUUCAAGAACUUUGAAGGCUCUGGCAGUUGAGCAUUCAGUAGCAGUUGUGAUUACCAAUAAUGUGGUCACAGACUCUUCUAAGUCUGCGUUUUCCACCAAACCUGCCCUGGGACCAACCUGGGCCCAUGUUCCAAACACCAGAUUGUUCAUACGGAAGAACUCUUCAUCCCAGGCUGACAGCUCAGAAGUGGAAAGAAUUGCCACUAUAGUCAAGUCUUCAAGACAGAAAUUACAAGUGUCCUGUGCUUUUUACAUCGAUCAUGGCGGACUCUACAGUCGCAGACCAGCCAGUCAUAACUAAACACAAACGUAGCAUUGUUGUUCAACUGAGAAAUGCAAGUUUCUAAGAUCCCAAUUGAUAAAUUGUAGUGUUGACUGAGAAGUCAAAUUCUUCAAGUUCUCGUGCAGCAGUGUUCGAUAGUGUUCUCGUGCAACAGUGUUUGCGUUGCGGAGAACCUCACUCACUGUCGGUUAACGUCAAUUGUGUGCGAACUGGAAAAAUUUCCUGUUGUUAAGAAAUGUGGUUUUUAGAGAAAUCAAAAAGACCUCCCAAACCUUCUUCCGCGAGAAACAGACGUAUAACUGAGAAGAGUAGAGCCCUUUCCGUUAAAAAAUGAGAGCAGUAUUUGCCUUAAUAAUACCAAACGUAGUGGUGUCCGAGAAAACCUAACAAUGCUUAAAUUUGCUAGAAACCUGUCAUUAGUUCCGGACAAACUACAUCUCCCUUUGGACUCUAUCAUUGUUUUCUUUAUUUUACCGUAAUUCUGAGUAAAUCUCGGUAACUUAUGGGUGUCUGGAAAACCCGAAUAGCGAAUAGCGAAUAGUCGCGAAUAGCGAACAGCGAAUAGUCCCGAAUAGCGAA